AUGGGGAAGAACAAUGGAAGCAACAAUGGUGGUGGGUGCAACCCCAAAUCAAGAAUGGGGAGGCAGAAGAUAGAGAUAAAGAAGAUAACCAAUGAGGAGGCUCGUCAGGUCUGCUUUUCGAAACGGCGAAACGGGCUCAUGAAGAAGGCCGGAGAGCUCUGCAUCCUCUGUGGGGUAGAGAUCGCCAUCAUCGUCUUCUCCCCCGCCGGCAAGGCCUUCUCCUUCGGUGACCCCUCCGUUGACGCCAUCAUCAACCGCUUUCUCGACCCUUCCUCUCACGUCCCCGCCCCUUCCGAUGCUCACCGUGCGUCCACCAUUGAGGAGCUCAACCGCCAGAACGACGAACUCAUCCAGCAGAUCGAAGCGGAGAAGAAGCACCAUGUCCUGCUGCAGAAGCUGCACCGCAGCGAGGGGAGCAGCCGCAUGGGCAGCCAUUUCUGGGACGCCGACGUGGAAAACUCCUCACUCGAUCAGCUCGAAGAGUUGAAGGCCGCCUUGGAGGAGAUGAGGUCAGCACUAGCCAAGCGUGCCAACGAGCUCACUACGGGAAUGCCGGUGAUGCAUCUACCAGCUACCACCGGUCACCAUCACCAAUUUCCUCCGACGUCGCUCCCUCCUCCUCCAUAUUCUUCUGCCAGUUCCUCCGCUGCUCCUCUGCCAUCCAGCACCUUCCUCGUUGGCCACAACAACAACUCCAUGACCAUCCCCUUCACUGAUAACAGCAACUCGUUCAUGGUGUCCUCGUCGAACUCUCACAACGUGGAGAACCUCUCGCUCGAGCAGUUUGAGGAGUUCAUGAACUCCCUGAAGGAGAUGAGGUCGGCUUUCGCCAAGCGCACUAACGAGCUCAGGACGGGAAUGGCGGUGAUGCAUCCACCCAACACCGCCGGCCACCACCACCACCAAUUUACUUCGUUGUUGCUCCCUCCUCCUCCCUAUGUUUCGGCCGCUGCUCCUUUGCCUUCCAGCUCCUUCCUCGGCGGCUACACCUCCAAUUCCAUGAGCAAGCCGUUCACUAACAACAACAAUUCUUUCAUGGCGUGCACCUCGAACUCUCACGGAACUACUGCAAACUCCGGCGACUAUUUCCCGGGCAACCAGACUGCCGGCCGGCCAGUUUACCAGCUUUGA